AUGGCCAAAUCUAAGAAGGAAAAGCAGGAGCCACAAUCUACACCGGCCAGCGUCUUCGCACCAAAAUCGAACUCGGUCGACCCUACGCUCGCAUCCUUGUUUGCAUCAAGUUCUGGACCAGUCAAAAUUCCUGUCAAACCUGCACAGAAGCCCAAACCUGUCACUCACGAUGUCGAGCCCUCCACUACCGACGAGGAUGGCUCCAAUGAACCCCAGCACCUCGAAAAAGGUGUACACGAGUCGGUAGCAACAGUCGAAGACGCCGUCGAAAGACCUCGCAAGCGCCGGCGCAUGGAGAAAGGAGACGACUUGGAGAGAAAAUACUUCGAGCAACUGGAACGCGAAGAAGAGAAGGAACACAAACGGAAGCAGCCCUCAAAGAAAAGUGCUCCAGCCGGAGCUUCGAACUCCGACGACUCUCUGCACUCAGAUCUUGAGGACGUCUCAGACGAUAACGCAGCAGCAGACGACGUCCCUCGGCACGAGACUCUUAGCCAGAAAUCCAAUGACGAGGACAAGGUCAAGAGGACAGUCUUUCUGGGUAACGUGUCAACGGAAGCAAUCAAGUCCAAGUCGGCGAGGAAGACCUUGAUCCAGCAUCUCGAAUCGGCUUUGAAAGUCAGCACCGACGGGCAGAGCCAGGGCAAGUUCGAGUCUCUACGUUUCCGAUCAACCGCCUACGUGAGCAGCUCCGGGCCUAAGAAAGCCACCUUCGCUAAAAAGGAGCUCAUGGACGAAACAACCGUGAGCACAAAUGCUUACGCUGUUUUCUCGACGGAGGAGGCUACCAAGCGUGUUGCUGAGAAGUUGAAUGGGACCGUUGUCCUCGAGCGCCAUCUAAGAGCAGACUAUCUCGGUAGGCCAUCAAAAACUGAUCACAAGCGCUGUGUGUUCAUUGGGAAUUUGAGUUUUGUGAACCUGGAGACCAACCCAGGUGAGGAUGAUGAUGGGAACAAGCGACGACCGACAGCAAAAGAGCCAGCAGAUGCCGAGGAAGGUCUCUGGCGAGCGUUCGGAAAAGUCGGCAAGGUUGAAAGUGUGCGCGUGGUCAGAGAUCAGGAAACGCGAAUCAGCAAAGGAUUCGCCUACGUGCAGUUUGAGAACGAGAACAGCGUGGAGGCUGCCCUUCUGAUGAAUGAGAAGAAGUUUCCGCCCAUGCUGCCCCGGAAACUGCGUGUUAUGCGGGCCAAGAAGACGAAACAGUCGACAGCACCCAACGGCCGGCCUGCGGACAGGCCUCAAGAACGAAGGAAGGGUGGUGCUGUUUCGGGAAGCAGAAAUGCUCCUCGCAAUGGGCAGAGAAAGCCGGGAGUGGUAUUCGAAGGAUAUCGCGCGAGCAGCACCUCCAAAACCAACCUUACAAAAAAGAGACAUAAGAAGCGCCCAGAGACGCGAAGUAGCCGUCGUGGAGCGGCAUACAAAGCUUCUGGAGGGCGAAAGUAG